GAGUGAGCAGUCCUGCGCGCUGCCACAAACCCGGCGGAGAGCGGAGGGGAAGGAGCGCACUGACGGAGAGAGAGAGACUGCGCGUGAGGGAGAGAUAGAGAAGCGGUAUAGAGGUGCGUGUUCCAGCGGAGAGACGCACCGUUUGCAGGAGGACAUCGGACAGGCUGCACGUCUGCCUUCACCAGAUCACUUUUACGCACGCACGCCGGAGCUGCCUCUACACAGGAGAUCUCGUGUUUGCGCAAGAACGGACUGUUAUCGGGACAGUAUUAGGAAGAUAACCGUUUGGGAAAUAUAUGUUUCUUUCUUUAAUCACAGGUGCAUUUUAAGAAGUAAAUGCGCAGUUGGGAAAGAGAACCGGAGCAAAAGAUUUUGGGAUAUUUGAUCAAGAAGAAGAGGAAACACGAGUGACACUUUUUUAGUUUUUUUCAAACUUAAUGGACGCUUGCUAAUGUUGUUGAUGAUCCCUGAUGGUUUUCACCUGUGAUUUUCACUUUUUUGGCAUUUUAUGAUUUUGUCUGUCAGCGAGUUUCAGCCAGGUUUAUACCCCCGCGCGCGCUGAAACUGACAGGGGGACACGGGGCUGCCAUCUGUGCGCACCGCAAUGGAUUUUGAGGCUGAUUUCAGAUCAAUUUGCGCACAUUAGUUUAUUUUCUGUACAAGAGGAAGCACACGUGGACAGAACUCGCGCAGAUAGUUGGUAAUCUUUUUGGAGAGUGCGCUGUACGCAACCAGGCAUUUGUUGUGGAUUGAAGCACUACUUCUGCGCUUGAGAGAAACUGAAAACUGUGAAAAAGAGACUUUGGACUUUAGUGUUGUCUCUGAUAUCCAAAAUAUACCACAGAGGAGGAGAAGAGGUUCUUUUUUCUCCAUAUCCGAGGGAAAAUAUGGAUGUAUUCAUAUGGCUUUGUGGAUGUUUACUGGCUUUUCUCUCGCCUUCAGCGGUUAAAGCAGAGGAAGGAGCGUCUGAGCCAUGCGGUGGCUAUUUAGAUGCCAGCGAUGCAGGCUACAUCACCACCCCCGGCUACCCUCUGGAGUACCCCCCUCACCAGAACUGCCGCUGGGUCAUCACAGCCCCCGAGCCUUCGCAACGCAUCGUCCUCAACUUCAACCCGCACUUUGAGAUAGAGAAACUGGACUGCAGGUAUGACUAUGUAGAGAUCCACGAUGGGAACUCAGAGACCGCUGACCUUCUGGGGAAGCACUGCAGCAACAUCGCUCCUGCACCAAUCAUAUCGUCUGGUGCCUCACUCCACAUCAAGUUCGUAUCCGACUACGCUCACCAAGGGGCGGGCUUCUCGCUGCGCUACGAAAUAUUCAAAACCGGUUCAGACUGUUCCCGUAACUUCACCAGUCCCACGGGUCUCAUUGAGUCCCCAGGCUUCCCUGACAAAUACCCCCACAACCUUGAGUGCUCCUUCAUCAUCAUUGUCCCUCCCAGCAUGGAUGUGAUCCUCACCUUCCUCACUUUUGACCUGGAGAACGACCCCCUGCCGGGUGGAGAGGGAGAGUGCAAAUACGACUGGCUGGAAGUGUGGGACGGGCUCCCAGGAGUGGGCCCUCUGAUUGGUCGAUACUGUGGGAUCAGGGUGCCUCCUGAGAUCCAAUCGUCCACUGGGAUUCUCUCUCUGGCCUUCCACACGGACAUGGCUGUGGCUAAAGAUGGCUUCUCGGCUCGAUACAACAUGACUCACAAGGAAGUCAGUGAGACUUUCCACUGUAGUAAUGCUUUCGGUAUGGAGUCAGGAAAGAUCACAGAUGACCAGAUCACAGCCUCGUCGAGUUUCUACGAUGAACACUGGCUGCCUCGACAGGCCCGACUCAAUUACCAUGACAACGGAUGGACGCCCAAUGAAGACAGCAACAGGGAGUUCAUACAGGUGGACCUCCAUACUUUAAAGGUGCUAACAGGCAUUGCCACCCAGGGCGCCAUUUCAAAGGAAACUGAAAAGGCUUACCAUGUCACUACCUUCAAGCUGGAGGUCAGCACCAACGGAGAGGACUGGAUGGUCUACAGACAUGGCAAGAAUCAUAAGGUUUUCCAUGCCAACACUGACGCCACAGAGGUGGUUCUCAAUCGGAUCCCGCAGCCGGUCCUGGCCCGCUUCGUACGCAUCAAGCCCCAGACGUGGAAGAACGGCAUCGCAAUGCGGUUCGAGCUCUACGGCUGUCAGAUCACAGAUGCACCCUGCUCAGAGCUGCAAGGCAUGUUGUCUGGACUGCUCCCCGACUCCCAGAUCUCUGCGUCGUCCAUGAGAGACAUCCACGGCUCCAUGGGGGCCGCCAGGCUGGUGGCCAGUCGCACAGGCUGGUUCCCCAACCCAACACAACCCAUAGCUGGAGAAGAAUGGAUACAGGUGGACCUUGCUGUCCCCAAGACGGUGCGUGGCAUCAUUACCCAGGGUGCAAGAGGGCUGGAGGGCAGCACCGGUGCUGAGAACAGAGCGUUUGUCAGGAAGUACAAACUGGCCCACAGCUUGAACGGCAAAGACUGGACGUACAUGAUUGACAGCAAGACUGGGUUUGCUAAGAUUUUCGAGGGGAACGGCCACUAUGAUACUCCAGAGGUGCGCAGGUUCGAUGAGAUAGUGGCCCAGUUCAUCAGAGUGUUUCCGGAGAGGUGGUCGCCUGCUGGCAUCGGCAUGAGGAUGGAGGUCCUCGGAUGUGAACUGCCAGAAAUCACCACUAUACCUGACACUGUGACCCCCACCCUGCCCAGAGUGGAACAGACCACUGCUGCAAUGAGACCAGCCACCACCCCGUCCCUGUCGGCAGUUUGCGACUUUGAGCAGAGCUUGUGCGGCUGGUCGGCUGAUCCCCAGUCAGGUGUGAGCUGGUCCCUGCACACAGCCAGCAGCAGCUCCACUGGACACGGCACACAUGGAUCCAGGCAGGAUCUGGCGCUAGGAUCAGACAAUUUCUCAGGGAACUACCUCCACCUGGAUGCAGGGGCCCACACCCAGAGGAAGAGAGCCCGCCUGCUCAGUCCCGAGGUGGGGCCAGAGAGAGGCCCGCUCUGCCUCCUCUUCUACUACCAGCUCCAGGGGGAGGCCCAGGGGAGCCUCAGGGUGCUGCUGAGGGACAACGAGCAGGAGGAGACGCUGCUGUGGGCUCUAAAGGGAGACCAGGGGAACGGCUGGAGGGAGGGCCGCACCAUCCUGCCACAAAGCCCCAAGGAGUAUCAGGUGGCGUUCGAGGGCUUUUUUGAUCACCCAACUAGAGGACACAUCAGAAUAGAUAACAUCCACAUGAGCAGCAGCAUGGAGCUGGAGGAGUGCACACAGCCUUUACCUGCCUUAACUCCUGGCAUAACCAGGGGUGCCAUGUCUGGGAUGGAGCCCACAGUAGACACAGUGGCGGUGCAGCCUGUCCCCACCUACUGGUACUAUGUGUUGGCAGGAGUCGCCGCUCUCUUACUGCUGGUGAUUGUAACCGUGGUGGUGACACUGUGCUGCCAUCGGUACCACUGGGCACCAAAGAAGUCCAGCGCUGGUCACCAUCAUUCAGUGACGUACCACAACAGCCAGCAACCCAAUCAGCAAGGUCACCAAAACUGCUACCAGAACCAAAAUCUCAGCUAUAAUCGGAUCCAGAGCCCCAACCAAAACCACCUGUAUCCAGCUACUGGGCCGAGCCCGAGCCUUGACCCCAUGCUCACCAUCAGAAUGGAUAAAGACGACAGCUAUGACUCCCAGUGUUGAAAACAACCGGACACCAUGUGAAUGAUAACAUUUGAUUGGAUUGCUUUGUCAAAUAAAGCGAUGAAAGGGAGUGAAAUCUCCCUCAACAUUCAUAAUGGGCACUCUUCACUGAUCUACAUGGAAGAGACACUGCUGUUGCUGAUGACUGAUCUGAUUGUCUGAUCAGCAUGCACUUUUGAUAAAACUAUAUUGUUGGCUGACACUGGCAGAAUGUAAUCCUGACGUUACCAUCAUCAGGGAGAGUAGAUGAAAUAACUUAAAUUGCCAAUUCUGAUGGCCUGAUUACUUUUUUGAUGUACUUAAGAGAAUUCUGACUUCUACAGCUGCACCUUGACUGUGAACAUAACACAUGUAGUGUACAUUGUCACUGUUGUAACAGUAUAUUUUCCUCCUUUACAAAUGUCAAAGUAGGAUAUAUCUGGCUGCAGUUUGGACACUGCCUGCCUCCAAAUAACCUUUCCAACAGAGAAGGGAUUUACACAAAGCUACACGGAGAUAGAAGUCACAAUGUGUGCUGCAUUAAAAGAGAGAAGGCUAUUUCUCUGGGGCAGAAUGAAGCCUCUGCUUAUUUGUCCACUAGCCUUUGAGAAACCGAGAGUGACAGAGACAGAUUAAGAACAGAAAAAGGGAAGAAGUACGGAUAGAAUUAGUGCUGCCCGUCCAGCCGUGACAGAUAGAAGGCUACAGAUCCACCGUGGGUGGUGAAGGAGGAAUCAGUGUUCUCUGUCUUGUUUACACGGCAGGGUAGAUAGGAUGAGACAGCUUAAGUCGCAUCCUGCAGACCUAGACACAAUUCCUCUCUGCAACACACAGUCUCGAAUACAUAUGCACGGACACUUCGGAAACUUUUAAGUGGCUAAUAAUUGAGUCUUGCGUCAAGCCCCGAGUGCAUUUUUCAUUACAUCCUGAUAUGCCUUUCUUAAAGUGUGCUUUAAAACUAUUACCUCCUCACCUCCAGAACGAGGUUGUGCCUCAGUGUCAAAUAGGAGUAUGAAUGGACAGUUUUGCCUUGAUCUCAUAGAUAAUCCAAUGCCUGUGUCUGUUAAUGUUCAACAUGAGUAUGUCCUGCACACAUUAGACUGAAUGAAUGAAACAAAUCCUAAAUGUAUUGAGUAUCUUAAGAUGCAGUUUGAAGUCUGUGCAAAUGUUUUUGUUUUCUCCUUUGAUAAUUUAAUAUAUUGUGAAAAUAUUGUUUGUGGCUGCACAGUUUUGCUUCUAUUCCUUUCAUUCACCAUGGUAUUUCAAAAUCAAACUUAUUUCUUGAUGUCUACUUAAUUAUCCAUCCAACUUUAUUUGUUUGCCUUUUCUCAUGAUUUCCAACGUUGACAGAUACGUUAGCAUAACACUUGUGUGCCAUGAUGCAUUUUUGCAAUGUCGAGAGUACCAUUAGCACUUUUUCGCUUCUUGAUAAUGAUUAUUUUGAAGGCUUUGAUGAUUCAUUCUGACAAUUUCUUACAUUUACUGUGAAUCUUAAUAUAAAAAAGUGGAGUAAUGUACUGGUUGUGAAUUGAAUAUAUGUUCUUGCUUUGUUAUCACAUACUAUUACAGUAUGCCUCCAUGUGCUUUUUGAUGUUUAAUAGUUAUUCAAUGUUUAUUUUUAUACUCACUGGCUGUUGUUUUUAAGGCAACAGUUAUGUGGAUUGUGUUCACUGAGAUGAUCUUAACAACUUUUUCUGUUAUGUAAAAUUUUGCAACAGCAAACGUUUUUCCCUCAUUAGCACCCAUCUUCAAGGUUAAGUGCUAUAUGGAUAGGAAAUGGAAGAAAUUAAGUAUGUCAUGUUGAAAUUAUCCAAAGCAUGAACAAAACUUAAUGAAUUUGCUUGGUUUUGGUUGAAAAAUAAUCAACUUUCGAUCCACUGUAGUAUUUCUCAGCAGUUCACCAUCUUAUGUUGUAGGCUACUCCUUUACAUCAUUUUGUUCAUGCACAAAUCCCCUAGCCCUUUUUUUUUUUUAUCAAAACCCCGCUUAUUCCUAUUCUCCUCCCUUUAUCACAAAUCCUCCCAGCAAAAAAAACACAGGAGGGAAAAUGAGAGGCAGAAAGGAGAGGAGAGCAAACUCUCUCAGAGGAAAAGGGCCCAUUAAGCGAGCCCCCUUUGCCUCCACAGAAUGCGCCCAGAGAUGGAGGAAGAUGAAAGAAGUAAAAAAAAUACUUUUCUAAAGAUAGAUUUUUUUUCUUUCCGAGAGGAAGGCUAACGGGGAGGCAGGUCGGGUUUGGAUUGAAGGAGGAGGGCAGGUUGUUUCAAACACAAAAGCAGAUGAAAGAAGUCUUUUGGCAGAAUAGACAGAGCGAUGACACACAUGUUCUCAAACAAACAUAAACCAGUGUUAGCAGAGAAAAUGCAGUCACUCCAAUAGUUGCAUGCAUGUUCAGAAACCACUCUGCAUCUCUCCAUAUUGACGUGUUUCCUCAAAUUGUGUCUCGUUUUGUAUUCUCGUUAUUUUAUGCUCGCACAUCCAUCCCCUCUGCCUUCCAUUUCAAUCGACUUGUGCGUGAUUUACACAUGAUAUGACUCACUCUAGCAGCCCUGUGCUGUAACCCAAUCAAUGUGGGUCUGAAAUUCUAAUGGAGGAAUGAUAUAUUACUGUAUUUAUGUUGUGCUACCAAUGCACUUUUUCCCCCUUUCAUUCUCCUUCCCUCCAUCAAAGUUUUUGCAAGAUUUGGAAAAUGUGCUGGCUUGUCUUCAUGCCGCACUUCUAAAUCAGCCAUCCCUCACUCUCCUCUCGCUGCUCCAUCACAGACUACUUUGAAGCCCUUUAAUAUUUCUAAUUAGUUAAUGGAGCUGAUUGCAUUCAUAAAACCCUGCAGUAAGCAUUUCUAGCCCUCCGGCCAUUUCUUUUUCCUUUUUUUCCCCUGCCUCCUCCUCCUCUGUGUCCUGGAGAAAUAUUACGAGUGAAAGCACUCAGGUCCUUGGGUCCCCGCUGCAACAGCGCAUGGUGCCAAAGAACUAUCCAUGUAUUUUCCCCAAUAAAGAAAGCCCUCCCUUUUUAUUCUUCUCUUUGCUAAUUGGAGAGUGGAGAUCAAAUGGGGCUACGGGGAGUUGUAAUCUCCUUUCAGAUCCGCAUGAUGAUUCUUCUCAGGAUCCUAGCCUGAGGGCUUUAGGCCAGGAUCAUUAGAAAGUGUUCAACAGUCGUCCAAAGAGUGUCCGUCCAACCAUCUCUCUUUUUCCCCGUUAUCCGGAUUAUUUUGCUUUCUUUAAUGUUUUGUCAAGGCCUGUGGUGAUUUCAUUUGACUGUGAGAAAGGAGAAGCUAGAGCCGGAGGGUCUGUUGUGAGACUGUACAUUAACACAACCAGAACAAAUUAGAUGCUUUCAAGUGUAUGUACGAAUGUAUAGUCUUACAUGGAGAGUACAUUUCAGUGAGACCUCCAGAACAUAUUAUAAUUUGCAGUGUGACUACUGGGAUCAGCCAUAUUUAUAACUUUAGUAUCGGUUGUUUCACUGCUGAUUGCCUGUGCCGCUCAGUAACUGCAGUACUUUAAAUUAAAGGGGCCCUUUUAUGCUUUUGGGGUUUUUCAUUUUCCUGUAGUGUUUUCUAUAGGUUCGUCUGCAUGGGAAUGCUCUGCAAAGGCUAAAAUCAAAAAGUAGGGGCGUCUUGACUUGACUCCUUAGUUUACUAACAUAGUGUCAUCAAUGUGUUACACUCGUGCCCCUAUUGGCUAGCUAGGCUAAGGGGCAGAACAUCUUUAAGCUGUUGACCAAUCACAACAGAGUCUGCCAGCUAACCAAUCAGAGCAGACUGGGCUCUGGUUUCAGAUAGAUAGUGAAAAAGAAAAAAUAUAAAGCACUUUUUGAAAAUUAAAGCAUGGUACAGUGGAGGCACACAAUACAAAAAUGAGCAUAAUAGGGCCCCUUUAAAUAACAUGAGAACCUUAUUUUGUUUUGUUGGGUGUUUCAGACAUUUCAAGUCAUGUUCAUAAUCUGCAGUCAAAUGUGGAGUUUAUAUAGCACUUUUUACUAAUUUGUCACUUCAUUUUGGUAAUGUGACAUCACACAUUUUAGGGGUUAAGUGCAUCUAGAGUUUUAUUUUUUUCUCGAAAAUCGACCUUGAUGAUGCCAUUUCUAUUAAGUGAUUCAAUGAUGUUGUUAUUGUUCUUUGAUUUCUUAUUGUAAUAAUGGUUUUUUUAUUGAUCAGAAAGAUUGUUUGUGAUGUAAAUCUGACUGAUCAUUCAAAAGCAUGGCCUCAGCCAGGGAUGAACUUGGUUUAAACUUAAACUGUGACUAGCUUAGUAAAACCAGCGUUGAAGUGCUUAAACAUUCGUCCCUGGCUUCAGCCGCCUCACUGUAUUUACUCCUCUGACUCUGUGAGGGACAUAACUCGACUUUAUGAUUGUCUUUUUAACUCGCGCUGCAUUUUACUGUCUCGCACUUCAAGCUAAUUACAUAUUGAACUACAGAGAAACACACAAAGCCAAGCGGCACCCAUACUCCAUCCCAUAAUCAAAUAAUUAAAUAAGCAAAUUCUAAAACAUCAGAGAAAGACUACACUCCAUUUAGCAAAGGAUUUCUUGGUUCGCUGUUAUUAACAUUAAAAUCCAAUUGAGUCGCUUUCUUUUAGUUUAUUCUAUAAUUGGAUUUGGAAGUAAAUUUUGUGUCAUUUAAAGGAUGGGAUUCACUUCUUUUUUUCAAGGAAAUUACCUCAUAUUUAAUACAUGAGCGAAUAUCUUAAUUUCUCAGAUAGCAGGUGUCAUUCAAAGUAUUAAUUUAGUGUUAUUAUUUACAAAAUAACAAGUAUUGGAAGUUCGUAAAAGCUGUUUAUAGGAGACAUUGUCUGAAUGCCCCGUUAAGAUUGUCUCAUAGGAAAAUGACCUUAUCUAACUAAGGAAAUGAAGCUCUGUAUCCUUUUUCCUAUCAACUAAAUUAGUUUUUCAACUCUUAUCUUUGAAUAUCUAUGACGGUUUCAUUUAAUAUGUUUUUGGAUCCUUUGCCCCAGCAAUAAAUGAUUUUUACAGUAGCUGCCCAGAUACUGCUCUAUUUUUUUUCUUCUGAGGACUUUAAUAUCAAUUUCCUGAACUGAAACUGAAAUGAAGCAGAAUUUAGCUUCCAAUCCCUUCAAAGCCACGCACUUCAGCCUGCCUCAGAAAUAUAAUGUGAUAUUUUAGCUUGUUGAAUUUCAUGGUCUUGGAAUAAAAAAGAAAAUAUAUUGUUGGGAAUGUGAAGGUAAUAAAAGUGAUAUUUUUCUAUGAAA